CUUGGUUAAACAAAAGACCGCGUUUUGUUUACGGUCAACGUGCGAAGUCUCCUUCAGCUCCUGGAAAAGGUGUUGAAUUCCUUUGCAUAUGUCCACAUGACUUCCAAACAAGAAGCCAAGUUGUGAAGGGACGAUUUAUAAAAUAUGGCGAGUCGUCGUUGGAAAGAGCUUUUGAAAUAACUUCAAUUGAUUAUAAUGGUCUCUUAUGAUCAAUUUGUUAUUGAGGAGUCAAAUCAGGAUAAUAAACAAGCACUUUUGAUCAAAUGACUUCGCUAACACCUUGAGCGAGCAAUUAUCAAAGACCAUCUUGUGGUUGUCAUCUUGGCAUUCCCGUCAAAUAUAAACACAAAGUGAAAUUACAUCAUAAACUACCACAUACCAGUGGAGAUUGGUAGUUCGAAUGGGACUAGUUUAACGACAUUUAGAUGUAAAGUUAGUCUUUCGGAGCCAAUUUCUUGAAAAUGGAAGAUGUGACGUCAGGUCGAAGACCCACACCACUGGGUGGCAGGACUCCGAGAAGAACCCCUAGUUCAAUCCCGAAAGCACGUAAACUUCCUUCUCCUGUGAGUAGAGAUGGCAAGCAGCAAGUCAAGAAACAAAAAGAACAAAUGUAUGAACACAGUUCGGAAGAUGAGAUUCCCACCAAAGAUACUGAACAAGAUCUCAGUAUACCAACCUCUAGUCCUUCCAAGACUGGUGUUGCAUACAUCACAGAGACUCUGAUCAAAAAGUUGACUCGUGAAGAAACCUUAGGGAACAUUACAGCUCUCUAUUUGGUGCUUGGGAAAGAUUUGAAUAAGAAAUUUAAGUAUAUGGAAAAUCUUGAAAACUUACCCAAGCUUCAAGUUCUUCACAUCAGCAACCAUGCCAUUGCAAAGAUUGAGAAACUAGAUAAGUUGACCCAGUUAAGAGAACUUAACCUUGCCAAAAACAGCAUCUCCAAAAUUGAGGGAUUGGAAAGUCUCACAAGACUCCAGAAGUUAAAUCUCAGUGGAAACCAAAUCACACAUUUGCCAGGUGGUUUGAUGAGGAAGUUGAAAGAGCUACAAGUGUUUUACAUUGAUCAUAAUAACAUUGAAAGUUUAAUUGAAGUCACCAAACUUAGACCAUUACAAGAUUUGACUGAUGUUUCCACURAGGGAAAUCCUAUGAGCGAACUCGCCCACAGCCGUCAGUUUAUAAUAUUUCAGCUGCGUUCAUUAGUUGUCCUGGAUGGUAAAGAGAUUGUUCCUGAUGAAAGAGUUGUUGCCGAUGACAGAUUUGGACAAGAUGAGAUAAGAAGACUUGAAGCUGAGCUUCUCAGGCAAGAAAACCUCUAUGAUACAUUGUUUGAAGAGAAACGUGCUGCUGUGACCGAACUAGAGACACUAAGAAGACUGAGCUCACAGCAGAAAGAAAGCAAUAAUCAACAAGUUGACAAAAUAAAGAAACUUGAAAGGGAAUUGAACUCCAAAGAAGAAAUUCUUGCCAGUAAGACAGCAGAGCUAUCCAAAGCCUGYGAAAAACAGUACAAACUGGAGCAGGAAUUGGCUUUCUAYAAACURGAUGCCAAAUUUGAUCAUCUGGGGAAAAUACCUUGGCCUGAGGGAGAAGAGUUUAUGGAAGAAGAAGACGAUGAAGCACCAUACAUUGGCAAGGCAGGAUUCAAACCSAACAAGUUUGCUCAUGAUUCUCGUGUUCUUAGCCCAGAGCAGAGAGCAGAGCUCUCCGAUCUGAAGGGACGUUUGAGUGAUCGAUAUGAUGGUCAAAACAAGAAGGCCCAGAAUGAAAUCCAUGAAGCUUUGAUGYUGGACCUUGAGCAGAAACAAGCUGCUGUACUGGAAGCUGAAGGUCAACUUGCCAAACUAGAGAAACAGUUGAAGAAACGACUGGAAGAACUUCGUGCUGCUAACGAUGAACUGGCUCUUAUACAACAAGCUAUAGAGGAAGAGAUCAAGCUUUUGGAUAACGAAGAUAAGAGACUUCUUCAGGCUAUUGCAGAUAAAAACAAAUAUAUUCGUCAACUUCAAGAUGCAGCGGCAGAUUUAGAGCGACGAAUGAAUAUGAUCCACGACGAUCUUCGACGAAGAGAAGAAGAGUUGAACCAACAAAAUAACGCUCUAAAUGCAAUGARUCCUGGUGAUCCUGGCUUUGACCAGUUAAAACUAAGACUAGCGGAAACACAAGAUCAACUGCGUCGCGCKCUCAAAGAGUAUGACAACCUGAAGAGAGAGCACGAAGCGACACUYAAACAAAUGCAAGCAGAAAUGGCRGAACUGCAAAGACUUCAGGAUGAGCUUGUUGCUAAAAGAAAAGAGAUGGGRAAUCAGGGCCAACUGAAAGCUGAACUUAACGACAUUAUCAACGAACUCAACAACCAUUURGAUUCUUUGAAGCAAAAGGUUGAUCAACAAGCUAAAAAGAUUGCAGAAUUACAACGAGAAAAGGAAGGACUCGUAAAGCAGCUCAAACAGCAACAAGAAUAUGUGGAUGGGAACGCUGAGCUAAAGAAAAACAUAGGAAAACUACAGCAACAACUGAAGGCGACGCAAGAUGCUCUUGCUCAAGAACGAGCCGCAGCCGAAUCACUGCGACGCCGAUUAUCAGAUCUUGAAGGGCAAGUUGCUAAGGGAAACGCUUUGGAACCUCUCCUUGCUGACACCAAAGCGAGACUGAAAGAUGCAGAAACUGAAGUGGAGAACCUAAGAAAAGCAUUGGACAAUCUGAAGCAACAGAUGAAGGCUGACCGUCAAGCCGCAGAUGAAAGAAUCCGAAGAGAACAAGAGAAAGUUGAAAGAGCAUUACAAGCUGCAAAAGGGGCGCACGAGAAAGAAAAAGAAAGCAAAGAUUUAGGAAUACAAGUAGACUCACUAAAGAUACCAAGAGACCAAGUGCGCGUGAACCGUUUGGGCAUGGGGAUGAAUUAGGCAAGGCUUUGGCGGACCUUCAUCAWCGUUACUUGGAACUUCUUGAAGCAUUGAAAAAUGAACGACAGGGUGACAAAAUAGAUAAAAACAAGGUUGAUGAUAAAAUCAAAGGUCUAAACGCAAGAAUCGAGAAUUUACAGAACGCACUGAAGCAGGCUGAUGAUAGAGCCAAUCAGCUUGAAGAUGAGAAUCAAGAGAAAGAAGAGCUUAUUGAAAAAUUACAAGACGAUUUACGUCAAUUAAAGGAUGCAUUAGCGAGGCAAGGAAACCUAGAGAAAGAGCUUUCAAGACUACAAAACGCACACGACGGUGAGAUAAAAGUACUCAAAAAUGAAAUAGCGAAACUUAAAGACAAAAUAAAACAACUUAAAAACGCCAUGGAGAGAGAGGUUGCUAACRCUCGUGCGCCCUUAGAAGAUAAAAUAAAGAGCUUAGAAGAUCGUCUAGAUGAGCUUCAUAGUAGACUCGCUAAAGCAAAGGCUGAAGCUGAUAGAUUGAAAGCAUUGCACGGCGAUCACGCUGCAUCUAAGAGGGAAUUGGAGAGCAAGUUAGCAGCUUUAGCUGAUGAACUAGAAGAUGCUUAUGUGCGUGCGCAACGAGCGGAGGACGAAAAGGACAACGACAAGSUCAUGUAUAGAGCAAAAAUCCAAGCCUUAGAAGAUGAACUAGGACGAGCUAAUGACAGAAUUAGACGAAUGGCGAGCGAUGCUGAUAAAGAUYUGGAUAGAGAGCGCAAAGCCAACGCCGACACGGUCCAGGGACUUGAAGAUGAACUAGAACGACUUCGUGGACAACUUGCUAAGAUGAGACAAAGAGCAAAGGACGAAGCUGAUAAAAUCAGAAAUCUUGAAGCACUCCGUGCCAAGCAGUUACAAGACGAAAUAGCAGCCCUUAGAGACCAACUACAAAAGGCUCAGUUAAUAAAUGAUGACCAGCUUAGGAAAGCUGAUCAUCGCAACGCUGCGUUACAGACUCUUCUAAACGAACAAAACAAAACGCUACAAGACGCUGCUCAUCGUGAUGCAGCUCACCAACUCCAACAACAAAGUCUUCAAAACCAGAUCGAUGAAUUACGUAAAAUGCUCAGCGAUGCAGACAAGAAAUCAGCCACGGACAAAUAUGAAAAAGACCUUGAGGCUUUGCGAGCUGAGCAAAGACGAAUGGCUGCCCAGGCUGCCGCGGCCAAGGAUCUUGCGGAUGCUCAACAACAGAUUGCAAGGCUACAAGCAUAUCUUGCAGAAAAAGAUAAACAGCUCCAGGAACAAGCCAAGCUUAGACAGAGAGAUAGUCCCCUGCUUGCUUCCCAAAGAGACGAAAUAAGCAACCUGGCGUCAGCUUUAAACGAGCAGAACGCUGACCUGGAGAGACUUAAAGCUGAMCUGAAUGGACUGAAAAGAACUUGGGGCGAGUACACAACCGUACCUAUCAAUGUACCGUCCUUCCAUUCCUUGGCAGAUGAAAUAGAAGCGUUACGUGCAGCGUUGCGUGACAGAGAGCGUGAAAUURACGCCYUAGCGCAUCACGUAAGUCCUGUYCGCGURACGAGAGUGACUGGUCCUCCUGUAGUAACGACUGGYUCACCGGUUGCAUUUACKAAUGGUUUGACGGACGGUGAAGUACAUCAUCAUCAUCACUUUCRGACAUCACAGAAAGGUACUCGAUCAAGAGCGUCUACAUCACCCAAAGGACUUCCAAUUAGUCCUACUGUUUUAGCUUCCACGGCUGUCGAUCCCACGUCGUACGGAGCGUCUGUUCAUCAUCAUCACUAUGAUAGCCUACAAGAUAGCAAGUCAAAACGACGACGAAAGAAAGAGAAAGCAAUUGAUGAUUUAUUUUGCAACGUUCCAGAGCAUGGAGACUUGGAAUACGAAGUUGGGCUUCUUGAAGGCAUGCUUACGUCAAGUAAACAACAAAAUAUCCAGGAUCAGCAAGACUCCCUUCGCAGUGAUCUACAGCAGCUAGAGGACGAGGUCCAGGGAGCUUUGCGRAGCCGUGCAGCUGCGAAACGAAGCCAACAACAUUCUCUCGAYGCUACUCUMGCGCAUUCUUUGCAGACACUUAGUGACCGAGACGUGCAGACACAAACUGAGUACCAGUCCCCACCCAGCCAUUCCAUACCACAGCAAUAUCUUCAGCAAAGCUCUGCAAUAGCACUAGACGCUUCCUWUCAAAGCCUGUCUCCAGGCCUUCCUGAACCAGAGCAGGACAAUAAAGCUAGGGAGCUUGCGCACAUCGAAAGUAUCCUACGAAGUCGACGCAUGGAACUUCAUGAUGUGACCGCUGGGCUUCUAGAACGCAGGAAAGAAUUGGAUGCCAUGACUGAACAGGUAUUCAUUGAGUUAUUAAAAGAUUAUUGUGGUGAAGCGAGUAAAAACGUGGAAAAACUAGAUGAAGAUCUGAAAUGGAAGAAUAAUCAGUUGGAGAAAGCAGAGAAUAGUCUUACUGAAGUAGAAGAGAAACUGAAACUUUCUCUAAAACUCAGUGAGUUACGAGAAGUCAUUUCAACGACAGAAAAAGUAGAAAACGAAAAGACCGAACGACGGUUAAUUGCCCUCAAAGACGGCGAGAAAAUUUUAGUUGAACGCACCUCACAGCUCGCAAGGACACGCAACGAACUACAAAAGCAGACUACGGAAUAUCACGAACUUAGCGCGAACAUCACGCUCGCAAGGAAAGAUUUGAGUCGCCUUGAAUUAGCGGUGAAGAAGAAGAACAUUGAAAUAGAAGAACUGGCUGCAAGAAGAGAAGAGGAAAGAGCAUAUCAUGAAAAUAUCCUUCUGGAAGCCGAAGAGAAGUUCCAAGAAAUCACYGAUACAAGAAACAAUGUUUUAUCAGCUUUAAGGAAAAACCGAGAUGAACUUCUAAAUAUCAGAGAGAACAUCCAAACUGCCCAAGAARAGGAGUUGACAUUACAGCAAACAUGUAACGCSAAAGAUGAGGAAUUGAUCAAACUCUCCCAAAAGGUGGAAGAGAAGAAUAUUCUUGUUGAAACGUUGAACAAUAAAAUCAGCGAAAAGGUAACCGAACUAAAUCAACUUGAAGUUGAAAUUGAGMAGCAGAAAAUAUCGAAAGAGAAAGUUUCAACCGAUGUUAAGUCAGCGCUUGUUGAGUACGAAGAGCUACAGAAAUGUAAACAUACUUUGGAGAUAGGUAUUCACGAUAUGGAAGAAAAAGUUCAUCAUUUGCAAAGUGAACUUCUGUCCAACGAGCAACUUUCCGCUGACACAAUUAAAUCACUUGAGGAGGCUCAGAAGAAACUUCAACAAACAGAAAACGAAACAGCGGAAAAGGAGAAAAUCAAAGAUUUGCUGUUACACGAAAUAGAUGUCUUGAAAAACGAACUUAAAGAUUGUAAAGUCGACUUGGACAACGUACAUAGUCAAAAGAACACAGUUCUAGAAGAGAUCCAGCAGGAACAAGAGAAUCUUCAAGAAGCUAAAUCAAAAAACGAGAAGCUUGAAGCAGAAUUAAAAAUUCUUGGUAAUGAAUUAGAAAAGCGACAAAAAGACAUGAGGGAAGAAUCGGAGAAGGAGAAAAGCACAACUGAGCCUUCUGUGAAUGGGGACAGCGGUAAAAGUAUCAAGCACAUGCGCCGUAAGCGUCAGGGUGCACAAUUACCGAUACCAACUAAAUCUCGAGAUGUACUGGAACCAAGCCAAGACAAAGAUUCUAAAGCYCGCGAUGUUAAGAUCAAAUGUAAACGUUCUACCAAACUUACAAGCAACAAAUCCGAAGAACAAAGAAAURGCGGGAAAACAGAAGAGGACGCGAUUGUUAGUGAAGAUGAUGUUUCUGAAAAUGUUUCCGACGAUUUCGAAACUCGAAUUCAGGAGSUGACAGCUGAAAAGAACAAAACAAGRCAAGCCCUGAAAAGCUCUGUAUUAGAARUAAAUCGACUAAAAACACAAAUCGAAAAGGAAAAAGCAAUGGCUCAAUCUACGGUCGAGAAGGUAGCAGCAGAGGCCAACGAUUACAGACGUGCUUUGGACCAUCUAAAGAAGGAGUUUGCGCAGUACCAGCURAGAUCAGCGCGUGAUUUUGAACGUCUUCAAGCAGAAACUGCUGAGCAGUAUAGCAUCGCACAGAGCCUGGCACGGGAAAUAACCACUCUUAGACAACAGUCUUUACACGAGAAGAAAGGUGAAGACUUCCAAGAACUAUUCACACGAGAAACUAUGGAUGCAGUGACAACACAGAUCAAAUCGGAAAUCGCACAAAGUCUGAAAGAAGUGGAACAGUCACGAGAAGACACACUUAAAGACAUUGAUAAUCUGAAACACGCGAAAGAAGAGAUCGAAAACCAGUUACUGGCUAUGCAGCAUUCACUAAUAGAGGCUAAGGAAAACAGACAUCAAGUCAUUCAGAAAACACAGCCUAAACAUAGGCAAGAGGAGUCUCGUCCUAAACCAGAACAAAAUACUAAAGUACUCAUGAAUGAACAAGGAUACCUCACGGACCAGUUGAGAAAGCAAAUGAGUAAAAGAGCAGACGUAUUCGACGAAGAGCGYAGAAAAGCAGGUCAAUCACUUGAAGGCCUUAAACGAAAACUCAAACAACUCGAAAAGGUGAUAACAAGAAAGGAUUCUACAGUUCAGGACUUUCGCUUAGAGCUUGCAAAGACACGCCUUGAGAAGGAACGAACAGAAGACCGAGAGAGGGAACUCGAGGAAUUGAGAAGAAGGCUUCAAGACGUUGAAAGUGAACGAGACACGGCAAAAUCUGAAAGAGAUCACUUAGCAACGCUAGCAAAUCACUUGCCUGGUCACGUGGGACUUAUGACGUCAGCCGUAGAGCCUCAAUCGCAAGAUUCUCGAUCAUAUCGGCWGAAAAAUGACCAUUUAUUUAUCCGAAGUAAUUUUGACGAAGAAAAUGUUUUAUAUUCACUUGAGCAAACAUUGAAGGAGGACUUAGCAACUCGUAGUAAGGAGAAACAAGACAAAAGAAGACAAAAGUCCCGUUAUUCCACCAAAAAMCUUUCCKUUCGUGAUCUGGAUCUUGRAUUUCAAGAUGACGACAAUUCUACACGUACUGAAAGAAAACUUCCUCMUGGUGAAAGUUCAAACUCAGUUUCUGCCCCGAAAAGUCGCAAAGGAAUAAACUUUGAUGCCAGAGAUGUCMAAAAUAUCGACAGAAAUUUCGUGAGUCGUUCGGAUAUACAUCGGAUGGCAUACGAAGGUUUUCGGGAUCCGUUCGAGCUAUCUCGUGACACUUUUAAAUCUGAUGACGAGGUUGGCACURGCAAUUCGUAUAAAAAUGAACUAGGGAACUAUUCACAUAGGGACAAGGAUAGACUAACGCAUGAUGAACCAUUGGGAUUUAGCAAUAAAUCUGGAGGGAAAACACAUGGACGUGAGGGCGAGAAGAGGACUGGGCUUGAGACUCGUCAAUCAAUGACCAUUUCAAGCAUAGCUGAGGACAAGAAGACAAAGUUUAUGGCUUCCGUGACACGGCUGAAGAAUGAAAAACUGCGAGAGYUAGAAAUUGGUCUCCAGGAGUUCUUAAAGCAAUAGGCAGCAGCGGUAACACCGUAAAAUUCUAUAUAAAAUUAUAUUAUUCUGAGA